GUCUCCAUCAGUGAACAGAGACUUCGCCCUCAGACUGUCCCGCCUUCUGAAGCUCCUGUUCCCACGGUUACUGAGUCCAGAGGUGGGGCUGCUCGCCCUGCACUCCAUAACACUGAUGUCCAGGACCUUCCUGUCCAUCUACGUGGCUUCUCUGGACGGCAUGAUUGUCAAGUGCAUCGUUCAGAAGGAUGCUCAGGCCUUUGUGCUGCAGCUGUCCAAGUGGCUCCUGGUUGCAGUUCCUGCAACAUUCAUCAACAGUGCCAUCAGGUUUCUGGAGGGUCAGCUGACACUCAGAUUCAGGAGCCGAUUGGUCAGCCACGCCUACCAGCUGUAUUUCACUAACCAGACCUAUUACAGAGUCAGCAACAUGGACAGUCGUUUGUCCAAUCCUGACCAGUCCCUCACUGAGGACAUUGUCAUGUUUUCAGCCUCCGUCGCUCAUCUGUAUUCCAACCUGACUAAACCCAUCCUGGAUGUUGUAGUGACCUGCUACACACUGCUGCGCACAGCUCAGGCCAAAGGAGCCAACACCACGUGGCCCUCKGUCAUCGCUGGCCUGGUGGUGGCGCUCACUGCUAAAGUCCUGCGCUCCUGCUCACCACACUUUGGAAAACUGGUGGCAGAAGAGGCAAAAAGGAAAGGAGACCUUCGGUACAUGCAUUCACGGAUCAUCACCAACUCAGAGGAGAUCGCCUUCUACAACGGGCACAAGGUGGAGUUGGCUCAGCUGCAGAGGAGCUACUCGUCUUUGUCGUCUCAUAUUAAUCUGAUCCUGCUGAAGCGUCUCUGGUACAUCAUGUUGGAACAGUUCCUGAUGAAGUAUGUUUGGAGUGCGUCCGGUUUAGUGAUGGUUGCCGUGCCCAUCAUCACCGCCACAGGAUACUCUACAAAUGACUCAGAGGAGGUGAAGCAAGCUGCGAUGGAGAUGAAAGAGGAGGAGCUUGUAAGUGAGCGCACGCAGGCUUUUACUACAGCCAGGAACCUCCUUAAUGCUGCGGCUGACGCAGUGGAGAGGAUCAUGAGCUCAUAUAAGGAGGUGACUGAACUGGCAGGUUACACUUCACGAGUCUCUGAGAUGUUGGAUGUGUUUGAAGACGUGAAUCAGGGAAUCUACCGCCGAUCUGCAAACAGGGAUGAAGAGUUGGUAACCCAAGAAGGAGAGGGAGGAGCAGCUGCAGUGAUCCAACAUGGGCAGCGAGUCUGUGGUCCGCUGGAGAUCAGAGGUCAGGUGAUCAGUGUGGAGAAGGGCAUUCGCUGUGAGAACCUGCCAAUCAUCACACCCACUGGAGACGUGGUGGUGUCCAGCCUCAACAUCCAGGUGGAUGACGGCAUGAAUGUGUUGAUCACGGGUCCAAACGGAUGUGGGAAAAGCUCCUUGUUCAGAAUUUUAAGUGGACUGUGGCCCGUUUACGGAGGAGUUCUGUACCGUCCAGAACCCCAGCACAUGUUCUACAUCCCUCAAAGGCCAUACAUGUCAGAGGGGACUCUGAGAGACCAGGUCAUCUAUCCAGACUUAGUGGAGGACAUGGAGCAGAAGAGGGUCACAGAUUCAGACCUGGAGGAGAUCCUUCGUACAGUUCACCUGCUCUACAUCCUGGACAGAGAAGGAGGCUGGGAAUCUGUCAGCGACUGGAAGGACGUUCUCUCUGGAGGAGAAAAGCAGAGGAUGGGGAUGGCUCGCAUGUUCUACCACUGUCCCAGGUACGCUCUCCUGGAUGAGUGCACCAGUGCUGUCAGCAUUGAUGUGGAGGGAAACAUCUUCCAGGCUGCAAAGGAUGCUGGGAUAUCUCUGCUGUCAAUCACCCACAGACCCUCGCUGUGGAAGUACCACUCCCACCUGCUGCAGUUCGAUGGAGAAGGAGGCUGGAGGUUUGAACCUCUGGAUGAGUCCACUCGCCUCUCCCUGCAGGAGGAGAAGCAGCGUUUGGAGAACCAGCUGUCAGGAGUUCCCAGAAUGCAACAGAGGCUGUCAGAACUGUGCGUCCUGCUGGGGGAGGCGGAGCCUGUGGACAGCGAGGAGAACGCAGAGCAGACAGAUGUGUAGAGAGUUGUGUGUGUUUGUGUGUGUGUGUGAUCAUGUGACUGAAACUAACUGUAAAGAUGAUUUUAAUCUUUGAAUCAUUUCCUGUCUGCUAUGAGGGGCGGAGCUACUUGAUGAACAGGUGAACUGGCACCUGUCCUGCCCCACUUCCUGUCCUCUUCUGAUUGGUCAGACAGCUGAGCUUUUACAUUUCACACCAGUGUUUGACUGAUGGACCUUCAUCAGAACCAUGGACUGACACCAUGAGGAACUGGACCUUCAUCAGAACCAUGGACUGACACCAUGAGGAACUGGACCUUCAUCAGAACCAUGGACUGACACCAUGAAGAACUGGACCUUCAUCAGAACCAUGGACUGACACCAUGAGGAACUGGACCUUCAUCAGAACCAUGGACUGACACCAUGAAGAACUGGACCUUCAUCAGAACCAUGGACUGACACCAUGAGGAACUGGACCUUCAUCAGAACCAUGGACUGACACCAUGAAGAACUGGACCUUCAUCAGAACCAUGGACUGACACCAUGAGGAACUGGACCUUCAUCAGAACCAUGGACUGACACCAUGAAGAACUGGACCUUCAUCAGAACCAUGGACUGACACCAUGAGGAACUGGACCUUCAUCAGAACCAUGGACUGACACCAUGAAGAACUGGACCUUCAUCAGAACCAUGGACUGACACCAUGAGGAACUGGACCUUCAUCAGAACCAUGGACUGACACCAUGAAGAACUGGACCUUCAUCAGAACCAUGGACUGACACCAUGAGGAACUGGACCUUCAUCAGAACCAUGGACUGACACCAUGAAGAACUGGACCUUCAUCAGAACCAUGGACUGACACCAUGAGGAACUGGACCUUCAUCAGAACCAUGGACUGACACCAUGAAGAACUGGACCUUCAUCAGAACCA